GUAUUAGGAUUUCGUUUAAAAAAGAAAUAAUAAAUAAUAAUAAAAAUGUAUUCAAUGGACAAUUUGGAAUUGGACAUAAUGAAUCGUCAAUAUUUAUACGAGGCACAUACUUUCCUUGGAAAUCCAGGAAUUCCAGCUUUACCUCCACAUUAUGGAACACAAACGACGGCAAACCUUCCAACGAUUCCUUCGCAAUUACCGUCGCAUCCUUCCGGUAGUACCGGAAGCACAAGUGGUAGCGACGUUUAUCCUUACGACGAAAAUAGCAGCGACAACGAAAGCGUUUAUAGCAGCGAUCAAGAGAAUCAUGCGAGAGAACGAAGUCGAAGUCGAAGUCGUAGCAGUAGACGAAACGGUGUAAGUGGAAAAUGUCCAAGACAAGCUGUUCAACAACGACAGGCUGCAAACAUGCGUGAAAGGCGACGGAUGCAGAACAUAAAUGAUGCAUUCGAGGGUUUAAGGGCUCACAUACCUACAUUGCCCUACGAAAAAAGGUUGUCAAAGGUGGAUACUCUAAAACUUGCCAUUGGUUAUAUUAAAUUCCUCAAUGAACUCGUUCGAGCCGAUAAAGGCAACGAUCCGCUGUCAGGAAACGGUGGUCAUUCGAGGUGUUCUGGACGAGAUGAAACUAAGAAAAUCAUAGUCCGUGGAAGCGGAGGUAAUCCAUUUAUAUCGCAUUCUCUUUCUUGGUCGAGAGAAUCGGAUGUUUCAACGAACGGUACAAUGUAUGCAAAAGUUUGGACGCCGGAAGAUCCGAGAACAUCCAAAACCGGCACGAACUACGAAUGAAUUUUUCUUUUACUUUUUAUCCUCAUAGAAAAAGAAAAAGCAAAACUAACGAGGAGGAUUCUCCGAUUUGGAAAUACGAAAUUUCGUAACGCGUGUUAUUUAGUGUCUAAGAAGGGGUACGAAAUAUAAAAGAAAAGAAGUCUAGUCUUUCGCGAAAUAAAAACUAAACCAAAAAUCUAAUCUAGUAGUCUAUAACAUAUUAUAAUUGAGCGAAUUCAAUUGCUCGUCUAGUCGACUGAACACAAUGAGAAUAAAUUAAAAUAAGAGAAAAUACUUGAUUAAAGCAAUUUUUUUCCUGUGCAAUUUAAUCGACGAACUGAAAAAUCAAAUGUCAUUGUAAAUCAUCGAGCUCGUAAAGUUUCGUUUUAAGAAGCGUACAUUGGUCGUCGUUUAAAAUACAAUAUUUUUCUUUUGUGUGUCAGGUUUAUCGCGAGUACUUGAAAAAUUGUGAAAAGUGUUACGUGAGACACCCUGUAUACAUAUACAUAGAAUAUCGAGAUGCAAAAGUGUAAAUAAAGAUUCUAUAUAAAAUAUA